UUGAAUGUUGCGGAGUGUUGAGAAACUUUUUAGUUCUGGUAACGAAUUCGUAUUUUCUGUAUUCAAAAACGUGUACUUUACUUUUUAAGCUCUGAGUGUCGCUGUUCACUAAUACUAGAGUUGACGUACACAUAACCUUCGUCUUUAACCAGUCUACGUUCCAAAGUAAUCAGAGCAAAACCGGCGCCUGUCCGCUGUAUCCGGAUACCCUAAAACGAACAGGCUCCGUGCAUCCGUGGUAUUUUAGCGCACUCUGGAAUAUAUUGUCUUGUAAUUCUCAUUUUCUUUUGCAGAUGAGUGGAUUGUAGUGAUGUGCUGUGUACAAUGGGGCACAAAGGGUGGUCGGCCAUGCGUCUGCUGUUCGUAUUGUCAUGCUCACUGAUGGCGCAGAGCACAAGCGGAGACAUGAGCUAUUCUAUUCCGGAGGAAAUGAAAACGGGAUUUGUUGUUGGAAAUGUAGCUAAAGACCUGCGACUCGAUGCUAAUCAGUUGGCAGCCCGUAAGGUUCGUAUUGAUACAGAAGACAAUAGCAAGCCAUAUUGCAGCAUAAAUCUGAGAACUGGGGAUUUGAUUGUCAAAGAAAGAAUCGACCGAGAAGAGCUAUGUUCUGAAACAGUCUCGUGUGUUCUUGAAUUUGAAUUAAUGCUAGAGAACCCAUUAGAGUUACAUCGCAUUACGGUCCAGAUUCAAGAUAUUAACGACAAUUCGCCAUUCUUCUCAAAGGAUACUAUUAAGUUAGAAAUAAGAGAAUCCGCGGUUAAAGGAGCUCGCUUUCGUGUAAAUGAAGCGCAAGAUGCAGAUAUAGGACAGAAUGCAGUUCAAAGCUACUCACUGCAGAGAAACGAAUAUUUUACUCUUUCGGUAAAUUCCAAUGUAGACGGAAGGAAGAAUGUUGAAUUGGUUUUGGAUAAGGAGCUCGAUCGAGAGCAGCAGCGUGAGGUUGCGCUCACUCUUACUGCCGCUGAUGGCGGGACUCCACCGAGAUCAGGCACUAUAGCCAUACAAGUCUCAGUGCUUGACGCGAAUGACAACUCCCCGGUGUUUAGUCAGGGGCCUACAGAGUUAGUGUACCUGAAAACUCGCCUUUAGAUACCCUCGUUUUAACGGUAAGCGCUUCUGAUGAAGACGAGGGGCUUAAUGGUAAAGUAACAUACGAAUUUGGUCAU